GUUGUUAAUUUCAGCAUGGCGGCCGGACCGAUAGCCGAGCGCAAUCAAGAUGCCACAAUUUAUGUGGGUGGAUUAGAUGAAAAAGUUGCAGAAACCCUCUUGUGGGAACUGUUUCUUCAAGCUGGACCAGUUGUGAAUGUGCACAUGCCUAAAGAUCGCAUCACCCAGCUUCAUCAAGGGUAUGGGUUUAUUGAAUUCCUUGGCGAAGAGGAUGCUGAUUAUGCCAUCAAAGUGAUGAACAUGAUAAAAGUAUAUGGGAAGCCAAUUAGAGUGAACAAGGCAUCAGCGCACAAUAAAAACCUUGAUGUGGGUGCCAACAUUUUCAUUGGCAAUCUUGAUCCAGAGAUUGACGAGAAACUGCUGUAUGACACAUUUAGUGCUUUUGGAGUUAUUCUUCAAACCCCAAAGAUCAUGCGGGAUCCUGAGACUGGUAACUCCAAAGGCUUUGCAUUCAUCAACUUUGCAAGUUUUGAAGCAUCCGAUGCUGCCAUGGAAGCUAUGCACGGGCAGUACUUGUGCAAUCGACCAAUUACAAUUUCUUAUGCCUUUAAGAAGGAAUCAAAGGGUGAGAGACAUGGGUCUGCAGCAGAGCGUCUAUUAGCAGCACAGAAUCCUCUUGCCCAAGCCGACAGACCUCAUCAGCUGUUUGCAGAUGCACCUCCAGUUCCUGCUGCUUCUGUAGCACCACCAGCAGUUACCUCAAUCAUGCCCCCUGCAGUCAUGGCUGUACCUCCACCUUCUGCCAUGCCCAAUAUGCCCAACAUGCCUCCUGGUGCACCACCAAUGCCACCUGUUCCACCGGGUAUGCCUCCUCCUGGUAUGCCUCCUCCUGGCAUGAUGCCACCUGGCUUCCCACCACCAGGAAUGUUCCCUCCACGAAUGCCCGGCAUGCCUAUGAUGCCUGGACCUCCUGACCAACUACCACCCCCACCCCCACCUGGUGCACUUGGUCCACCAGGCCAAAUGCCACCUCCACCCCCUCCCAUGGAGGGAGGUCAGUUUAUGCCACCUGUGCCGCCAAACAUGCCACCACCUCCUCAGCCUCUUCUUGGUCAAGGACCGUCAUCAGAUCAAGGAAAUCUUUUAUCAAGGCCUCCUCAUUCACAGUUCCAACCUCCUGGCAACAGACCACACCCGCCAAAUGAUAUGGGACCAACAAGCGGAAUACCAAGUCUUCUUGGGCCUCCUCCUAUGCCUUUUGGGAUGCCUCCUCGAGGUCCUUUUCCGCCACCUCGCUUUGGGCCCCCUCCACCUCAUUAACAAAUAAUGUACCUUAAAAAAACCUUCGUUAACUUCAGCUAAAAGUGUUAGAAGUAGGAGAUUCAUCAGCUACACAGCUUUUUGAGCGCAUGGAAACGGAUGACUGUUGUGUAGGGAAGGAGAUCAAUGGCGACCGUUCUUGUACAGACCACAGCGAAAUAUGGUUUUGCUGACGGCAAAUUGUGUUUUCAGACAGACGUCGCCUUUGUUUUGUUUUUUUCUUGAGAACGUUGUUACGCAAAGUACACCGAAAACAUGUUUAUCUGGGAAAAGAAGAGAAAGAACUCCCUAACAAGCCCUUUUUCCUUCUGUUUGUAAAUAAAAAUGUCUCGUACUUUGAGGAACGUCCUUUUCUGCCAUUAUUGUCCCAGUCCUGACCUUUAUUAACUUUAUAAGACGCUAUAUUGUCUCUUGUAAGAGACUUUAGAGUCUCGUACAGUUACGCGGGCCAGUACGAUCAAAAUUACUUCAAUUCCAAACAUGUGAUGCUCUUUUAAACAUGGCUGAUCUUAGCAGUGUGCACGACGCGUGUCACGUAUGAAUUUCUUCAUGGCCAAGCUCACCAAUGAGUCCUUUGAAGCGCAGUGGUUUGGUGUCCGAGCGCGAAAUCAGAAUGUCUCGGGUAAGACGGGCUUAGUAAUUUCGAUGCCCCUACGUGAGUUGCAUAGCAACCGACCCUUCACGAUAAACUUUCCUUUGUCAGUUGCGGGAUCAACUUUUCAUUUUAAUCGCCUCGUUUUGUUGCCAACUUAACGAUUUCCUAAGUUGUACGUUAAAAAAAAAAUGAAAAAAUGUAAAGAGUU